UGGGCGCCGGGGACCAGCCGCCGCUGCUGCCGCGCCCGCCUCGGAGUCGCGGCCCAAGUCCCAGCGCCCGAAUCCGGGCCGCUGCGUCCUCCUCCCGGGUUGCAGGGCCGCCUCCGCCGCGCUGCCGGCCCGGGUUGUGCCUGUGAUGAGCCGCAGCCCGCCGCGAGCCCUGCCCGCGGGCGCGCCCCCCCGGUUGCUCGCGGCCGCGCCUGCCGCCGGGCCGCGCGCCUUGCUCCCGCCGUGGCCCCGGCGCCCGGGUCGCCGCUGGCCCCCGUCCCCGCUCGGAAUGAAGGUGUUCCGCAGGAAGGCGCUGGUGCUGUGCGCGGGCUACGCGCUGCUGCUGGUGCUCACCAUGCUCAACCUCCUGGACUACAAGUGGCACAAGGAGCCGUUGCAGCAGUGCAGCCCCGACGGGCCGCUCGGUGCCGCGGCGGGGGCGGCUGGGGGCGGCUGGGGGCAUCCGGGGCCUCCUCCGGCCGUGCAGCCCCGCGCACACACCCGCUUGGACCCCCGUACCCCAUACCGCUCUCCCGUCGCCCCCGUCCGGGCGGCUCCGGCAGCUGGGGCGGGGGCGGCGGGGGCCGCAGCCCCUCCGGGUAAUGGCACUCGGGGCAGCGGGGAUGGCGGGGACAAGAGGCAGUUGGUGUACGUGUUCACCACGUGGCGCUCGGGCUCGUCCUUCUUCGGCGAGCUUUUCAACCAGAACCCCGAAGUGUUCUUCCUCUACGAGCCAGUGUGGCACGUGUGGCAAAAACUGUACCCAGGGGACGCCGUUUCCCUGCAAGGGGCGGCACGGGACAUGCUGAGCGCUCUCUACCGCUGCGACCUCUCUGUCUUCCAGCUGUACAGUCCCGCUGGCAGCGGGGGGCGCAACCUCACCACGCUGGGCAUUUUCGGCGCGGCCACCAACAAGGUGGUGUGCUCGUCGCCACUUUGCCCCGCCUACCGCAAGGAAGUCGUUGGGCUGGUAGACGAUCGCGUGUGCAAGAAGUGCCCCCCGCAGCGCUUGGCGCGCUUCGAGGAGGAGUGCCGCAAGUACCGCACUCUGGUCAUCAAGGGCGUGCGCGUCUUCGACGUGGCCGUGUUGGCGCCACUUCUGCGCGACCCGGCCCUGGACCUCAAGGUCAUUCACCUGGUGCGGGAUCCCCGCGCCGUGGCCAGUUCACGCAUCCGCUCGCGCCAUGGUCUCAUCCGCGAAAGCCUGCAGGUGGUGCGCAGCCGGGACCCCCGAGCGCACCGCAUGCCCUUCCUGGAGGCCGCUGGCCAUAAGCUGGGCGCCAAGAAGGAGAGCAUGGGUGGGCCUGCAGACUACCACGCCCUUGGCGCCAUGGAGGUCAUCUGCCACAGCAUGGCCAAGACGCUGCAGACGGCCCUGCAGCCCCCUGACUGGCUGCAAGGCCACUACCUGGUGGUGCGGUACGAGGACCUGGUGGGAGACCCCGUCAAGACCCUACGGAGGGUGUAUGACUUUGUGGGGCUAUUGGUGAGCCCUGAAAUGGAGCAGUUUGCCCUCAACAUGACCAGUGGCUCAGGCUCCUCCUCCAAGCCUUUCGUGGUGUCAGCACGCAACGCCACGCAGGCCGCCAAUGCCUGGCGGACCGCCCUCACCUUCCAGCAGAUCAAACAGGUGGAGGAGUUUUGCUACCAGCCCAUGGCCGUGCUGGGCUACGAGCGGGUCAGUAGCCCUGAAGAGGUCAGAGACCUCAGCAAGACCCUGCUCCGGAAACCCCGGCUCUGAGACGGGUUCCCGGGAGACCAGACUCCCUGUGGGGACACCCACAGAAGGAUUGUGGUGUGUUUCAACAAAAACAGCCCAGAUCCAAACUGAGGAAGCCCACACAUUCUGUUAUAGAUACAUAAUAUAAAUAACCACACAGGCACUUACUGUCAGUGUUUUGAGUCAUUGAAUUUCAAGGAACAGCCACAAUACACACACAUCUCAGAAAAGGCAAGGCUUGAAAGUGCUGACCCGCCGCCCUUCCUCUUCUCUCCCCUGCCUUUUCUCCCUUUUCCUACCCUCUCCCCUACCUGCCUUCCAUUUUGAAGUGGGAUGUUGAUUAAAUCAAGAUCCAGUAACCCAAAUCUUGUUUCCAAAAUUUUCGUGGUAUCUGUGAACACGUAGAAGAGUCAUUUGGAUGUCGGGGGUAGGGUGGGAGGUGUGGGAGGGUGGAGAAAGGGGAAGUGGUCCAGGAGCAAAAGCCCCACUGGGCACGCUAAACCAAGGAGGCAUUCUUCUAAGUAGACUUUUGUGUAAAAAGCAAAGGUUAUAUGUGAGUAUUAAUAAAGAAAAUAAUAAAUAAUAUUCUUUUUUA